AUUUUUCAUUGGUACUUGUGCAGAUGUUCUAAUGCUAUAUUAUUUCUGAGAACUGAUCUUAUUAUUUUGUGGUUGCAAAUAUACACAUUAGUCUGCAUCUGUAUCGAAUUUUGGGUUUUUUAAAAUUAUUUUUAGAUACUCCAGGGCUGCCUAUGCAAAAAAAAGAAAUAUCAACAAUACUCAGUCAAGUAUCUUGGCUAUGGCAGAAAGUGACCACAGAAUUGCCCUGGAGGGCCUUAAAAUGCCCAAAGAAAUGUUUUCUCUAGUAAUCUCUGACUCCUGGGGUUAGGGAGUCUUCUUCUCUUCCUGCUGUCUUCUACCUCUCUAAGCAUUGUUGUCUUUUCCAGAGAGUCAUGCCUUCUCAUGACAUGGAUGAAGUACGACAGCCUUGCUUUCCCUCACAAAGGUUCCGUAUCUGCUCUGGAACCUGCUUGACUCCAUUCUGGAACCCGGCGGUUGGAGGCCAGUGGCUGCUUUCUGUGAGGCUCCUUGGCCUGGACUCAGGUCUCAGGCCCUCCUCCAUUGACCAUGCCUGGCUUCAAGGGCCUCAUCAAAGCCAUGGGGAAACCUUUCCGUUGGAUGUUCCGAUGCGUAAAGCCCCAAAAGGACGAAGAUGAUUGUCCAGGUCACCCAGAAGUCAAGAUCAGCUAUGCUGAAGAAGAGUUCCCUGAGUCACUUGCAUCGCGGAGUCGUAUCUCUUUAACGGAUUCGGAGAGCGAUACCUGUCCUGCAGAGGCUGAUCUUGGACCCAGGUCAGACAGUUUGGAGGGGAUCCCUGAGAUGCUUAUGGCAGAGAGCCUUCCCUCUUUAAUGGAUUUGGGCUGCCAUGAUCCCUGUCCUACAGAAGCAAAACCUAAUCCUCCGCCCGCUUCAGACGGUUUGGCACAACCACAGGUGACCGAUGCAGAGGAGGCCAGCCCUGAGACGCUUCCAGCAGAGAGCCUUUCCUCUUUGACAGAUAAAGAGGACGGUCCCUAUCCCAUGGAGGGUGAUCCUGGGCCCAAGGCAGACAGGGUCCCAGAGCCUCAGGGGAGAACCUCUGAUAAAAAGCGCAGUCAUCUGGUGUUUGAUGAGGAUGCAUUUAACUCUUCCCCGACAGAGGAGAACGUACAUAAGAUCUGUAAGAUGUUUCCCAAAUUCUCCAAAGAAGACAAGUGGAAGUUUGCAGACUCCACUGCAUUGAAGCACUUGGACCUGAUCCUGGAGCAUUUCCUGGCAUCACAAGAAACGGCCUGCGAUCAGCUCAUGUAUGCUGUCUUGGCUUCACCCCGCUGCAACCGAGACAAAUUCAUGAAUGAGUUCAUCAUCAAAGUAAAUGAAUACCAGAUGGAGGACAGCGAGGAACUCCCUUUGGCCAAGGUAAGGGGGUGACCCUCACAGGGC